AUGACCGGAUCGCUGCUAUCAAUUCGAAUGCUGGGAUCAGAGCAAUUAAUCUACGACUAUGACUAUGAUAAUGGGGACUGUUAUUCGCCCGGAUCACCCUAUCUGACGCGUUGGAUGGAGAUGCCCGAGCAGCGGGACCCGAAGAUUAACACCUAUGCUAUGCUGAUUUGGAUUUUGUUUGGAACGAUCGGAUUCACAUUGUCGACGUACGCCUUCCUGCUCAUCUACCGCAAGAAAGCGCUUUCUCUUGGCUCAAAGCUCUUCCUCCUCUCUUCCUGCUACAUUCGAGCAACACAAUCACUUUUCUGCUUCUUCAAGGCGCACUGCGUGAUGACGAUGUGGUGCAUAAGCUUGCGGCGCGCUCCAUUUAGCGGCUUCUUCUUUAAUAACUUUAUCUCAAACUAUCACCAAGGUGUCGCUGAUACAUUAAGGUGGCUGACGGCUGGGCUUGCUCUUAACAGAGACAGGCAUACUGGCUACAUCUGCCACGGGGGUAUCUACUUCAGCCCGGGGCAACUGGCCCUAGCGAUUCUCUACGUGUGGAACCCGGUUUUCUGGGAGAUCAUCGACAUCCAGGAAAUCGUCAUCUCGUACCUGUAUUGGGUGACGUUUGUCGUUGAUUUGAUGACGUUCUGGAAGAUUAGGAUGAUGGUGAGCAGCAGAGCCACGCUUGUGGAUGCGUUGCGGUUCUGGCACGGCCGUAUUAGCCAAAAAAUCCAG